AAUUCUUAUUGCUCAUUAUUUUCAGAUAAAAAAUCUGCAUCAGAAGAAGACGAACAGGAUGAUAGUUUACCACUACAAAUAGUAAAUACUGGAAUUGGAGAACUUCCUCCGGGUGCAGAGAUAAGCGACAGUGACGAAUAUGAUUUAGUAGAUACGAAUGAUCCACAUAGAGCUUUGAAUAUUGACUUGGAUAUGCCUUUACGAGAAGAUGAAAGAUUGCCUGUCUUAGAACAUAGAAUUAUUGAAAAUAAUAUAACGAAGAAAAUCGAAGAAAAGGAAAACAAAAAGGAAAAAGGACAUAGAAGGUCUAAGAAAAAAGUCAAGGAUGCCAAAGGAAACAAGAUAAAUAAUCAAAGGGAGUCAUCUGACUUGUGGUUGGAAACUAAUUCAUCUCCCGAAAAAAUUCAAUCUCCUGCUAUAGAAGAAUACACAGAAGUAUCCAGUGAGCCUCAGAAAGAUAGCAAACGCAAAAAGUCAAAGAGUCAAAACAAGCACAAAAAAUCCAAUGAAGAAGAUGCAAAACACAGAAAAUCGAAGAAAUCAAAAAGCAAAAAGGAUAAGUUAUUUGAUUAUGAGGAAACGGCUGGAAUAUCCACUCCGUCAAAAGAGAUUUUACCAGAGUUAAAGAACGAUAUUACGAAUUCUGAAUAUAAUACAAUUAAUGUACAGCAAAAUAUCUCCUAUGAAGAAUUAGCCAAAAAUAAAAUUAUUUCCAUGACAUAUGAGCUAAAACAAAUCCCUCACGAUUCGAGUAAAGUUAUCGUAUCAAUUUGCAUUACAAAUAUAGGUCAGUCGCUUGUGAAAGAAUUAGUCUUUGAUGUUCCAGAUACAUCGUCACUUAAAUUAAUUAGGAAUCCUGGAGAUGAAUUUGGAAUAAAACUGCCGUUCCAACUGCCUCUGCAAUCUAGUAAAGAAACUGAGUUCACCAUACUAGUCUCGGACGUGACAUUUGCUCAGAGACUUAGAGGUACACUGACAUAUAUGUUCGAGAGUAAAGAAGGCGCACAACAAGAAAAGCUCGAUUUCACUGUACACUUGUCAUGUAGCAAGUUCAUGGUCGGGCAUCUAUCUCACAAAGACAUACUUACGGAACUUCUCAAAAGUGGUCAAUUAAUAUCUAAGAUUAGAAAAGAGAUAAUGCCUUCUCAGGACUUUGAAACAGUUCUGAGUAUUAUCUGCCGUAAAUGCAAUCUCACUCUUGUGGAACAAAUUGACGAUACUGCAUCUUUAUAUGGACAUUCUCUGAAGGGACAUCAUGUGUGCCUUUUGUUAAAGUAUAACUACACGGAAAUAAACAUUGCAAUAGAAACAAUUGACUUUACUAUUAUGUUCAAUGCCUUCAAUUUUUGCGUCCAAUUGGAAUGA